AACAUGAUGGAUUUAGCUGGGAUCCGUGAGGAAGGAGUUACUCUUCAAAUAGUGUCCGAAUGGGGCCCGUGGAGCCCGUGCAAGCAAUGUAUAAAUAAUCGCGGUAUUAAAACUAGUAGGGGUUACUGCAGAUUGAAGCGCAGCAUAAAUUCAACAAUGCUAGAGAGAAACGACUCGAUCAUUAUACACUUCUUUCGAGGAUCUCCGAUACUUCCUUGCAAAUCUGUUCUGCUUCAAAAUGAAUUUCCCACUAUCAGCCGUAUCCUACGGUAUUUGCCGGAAUUUAUUUUAAGAGAACCUUGCAAGAAAUGUCCUUCUGUAAAGAAAAAAAAGAAGAGUAAAAAGUUUCGAUAUGCCAAGCGAUACGUUCUUGCCGAAGGCGCGCAUCUCGCCGUAGUUUGUCCAGAGUAA